AUGCAAGGGAAAAAAAUGGUUGGCAGAGCAUCUGUUACCCAGGAACUGGGGUCCCCCGCCCCCUCUCUCUUCGAGUUAUCCUCAAAUCAUACCCGACGCAGUUCCUCUCGUGCUUCUCGCAGAACAACUCGUGAACCUGAAACUCAACCUUCUGCUUUAGCUCGUUCCUCAUAUUCUCUACCUGUGACCCCUGUCACUACUACUUUUGAAGAGUCCCUGUUGUCGGCGAAACAUCGCAGGAGACCAGGCUCUGAGUCUCACGACGACAGGCCACUACGGAUCAAAGGAUCUAUCGAAACUUCGCAACAAAUAGGGACUCUUAGCUCAGCUCGAAUACCCGACAGCUCAUCCCAGAAGAGUCAUCGUAGUCGAAACCCCGAUAAGCAGAACGGGGAAUCUGGCCAGACACAGUCUACUCUACAUACUUUCCUGCUGAAAAAACCUCUGGGUCGACGAAAGUCACUGGCUACACAAGCUGAGUUGACUGAAAAGAACGACAAACCCGGUCCCGGUACACCUGCCAGCGAAACCCCUCACUCUGGCGGUCGAAAGACCCGCAAGUCUAUGCCAGUGAAGAUGAACGGCUCUGCAAGCCUUGAGACGAGUGCCACCAAGCCUCCAGUGACCACUCCUCGCGUCUCUACCCCACAACCAUCUGGUCGCGAUCGUAAAUCCAAGGACAGUAGCGUCCAACCGAGUGAGAAGAAGACCUCUAAACCGACUCCUCGCAUGCGACCCCAGCGCACGCCCGCUGCGAAAGCUGACAAGGAGCCCCAAGUGAGCAGCAAAGAAGACAUUUCGAAUUCCGUUACGCCACAGUCACGUGCCGCCCCCAGUUCAAGAACUCGUCGCAGUCGUAAGUCAGCGCCCGAUCUCGCAAAUCCAGGGCAGGACCGGGCCAUCUCGGAGGACAACAUGGAAGUAGACUCCAAAUACUCGGUCGUCGAUAACUCUAGUAAGAAAAGGUCGCGACCCAACCGGCUGAGCAAUACCAUCACUCUAAGCGUGGGUCGUAAAGCAUUGGAGUCAGUACUUCCGGCCACUCUCGACACGAUGUCUUAUGACCGUGAGAUUGCGGACAGCGUCGAAGCGACUCCUCUCCAUGUCUAUGGGGACAAUUUUCACUUUGAUUAUGACACCGACAUGUAUAGAAAUAACUUUGGUCUUGACGGCCAAAUUGACACCCCUGCAUCUCCUACAAGCUUCGCAACGAGCACUUCCACCGCAGCACGGGCAUCAGGACGGACUCGCAAGCCCACGAUUCGGGCCUUGGAAUCUUUCGAAUCUGAGCGACGAUACCGUCGUGCCCGAACAAAGACCCCCGCGAAGGUGGAUGCACCCGCUGGGGAGGGUCGUGACAGCAACAAAGUGAACGGUGGGCAUAGAAAAGAGACGCCGCCAACAUCGGUUCCGACACAGAAUGGACCAACGUUGCAGGCAGCCCCGACUUCGGAUGUCGCGGCCAUCGCUAGCCGGCUCAUUGAGCUGACCGCAGCUGCCUUGGCUCCAGGAUUUGAGCCGUCGCCUGAAGCUGAAAGAUGGCUCGAGGAACUGCAAAAAGAGUUUGAGCAGAGGAAGACGGCUCAAACCACGUCGGGGAAAGCCAGGUCCGGGGGAGAAAGUAUGCAACCCUCGAACAAGUCAUCUUUUUUAGGUAGCGCGCAACCCUCCAAGCCGUGGACUGACAAGGAUGGCUGGCUGCACACAGGUCAAGUGAAUAAGUUCGGGGAAGAGUGCAUCGUGAUCUCUUCGGACUACGAGUGGUACCGUCCCAACAAUACUUAUGGUGACGAUCAGCUUCCCUUGCCACCCGUGCGACUCAAGUCCCGCGAGCAGCUCGAAAAGGACCGUAUCUUUGGCUUCCCUCCGCGCAUGGGAGAACGCAAUCUACCUCGCAAGACGUAUCUCCCUUUCACCCUUGAGAAUGUCGACGAAGAGAAGGCCAAAAUCAAGGCUCGUGAGGAAGCUCGCCAGAGGGGCCUUGUGUUUGACCGCUCGAUGUCUUGUGCUGAGAUUAAGACAUUGAUACGCCAGCACGACAUCGCCGGCACUUCGCUGCCUUCCAAUGGUCCUCCUACAUCUGUGUAUCCAAGAGAGAACACCAAAGUAACUAGAAGUUCACGUAAGAGAAGACUUGUCGAUGAUACUCCUCAAACCAAAACUACACAGAAUUCAGCCACCGAGUCAACGGACACAGCCCACAAACGCAAAAGACGCCGUAAAUACAUGGCAGGUGCGUCGGUGGCAGACUCUUCAAAUACCGCGGGAUCUGGUGAAGCCAAAGAAUCUGGCGAAACGGCAGAUCCCAACGAAACCGAGGAUGGUGAAAGGCGUCCCCCUCAGGAGCGCUCGCCUAUAAUGCUCAAGCUGUACCUCACUAAUAGGGACGAGGAAAAGAAAAAACAGAAGCAAACCGAAAAGGAGAAACAGACAGCGACGAAAGAGGACGAGACCAAAUCCAGGAGGUCCAGAAAGAGCACCCAAGCCCAGUCCGAGAAGGAUAAGAAAAAGGAGGCUCUUCCCAAGACUAGCACGUUGAAGAAACGUCCUCAUUCCGAAGUCGAAGCUGAUGUUCAGCUGGAGAAAUCUCACAAAGCGAAGAAGACCGCUCAUUCUGAGACCGAGGCAAAUCAGCCAACCAAGACGGAUAAAUCGAAGAAGUCCUCUCAUAUGAAGAUCAAGGCCAACAGUGGCCAGCUAGCCAAGGUGAACAAGUCGAAACCUCACGCUCACUCUACGACCGAGAUUAGUAGUGCUCCAGCUAAGGCGACCAAUUUACAAAAGCGUCAGCAUGCUGAGCAUGAGGCAAAUAAAUCCCAGUCCAGCGAGAAAUCCCCCAAGAGUCUCAAACUCUCUUUCACACGCAGCUCUGACUCUCCGGGCAAAUUCACCCUCACGCAAAAUACUCCCAAGAAAGAUUCUAGGGAGCAAAAGAGAGAAGAGAAAACAGAAGCCGUUGUUACCCCCGACACUUCCGCCGCAGCUGGCACGGGCAUGACCAUGACUCCCACGCCUGGGGGACGUCCGCGUCGUCGCGCAGCAGCAGCCUUGAUGGCGGAAUUCGAAACUCAUGCUCAGGAAAGGGCCCGUCGUGCCAAUGCGCGCAAGAAGGGUAAUACGCCCCCCAAGAAGCCUAACGAAGCUGAUCAUGUGGACCAACCGGGCAAUAAGACCUAA